AUGCUUCAAAGCCUUAUUGAAAAUGUGUGGAUCCCCAUGAAGCCCUACUGUACCCAAGUUUACCAGAAGAUUUGGGUAGGAAUAGGAUUGAUGAGCUUCAUCAUUUAUAAAUUCAGGAGUGCUAAUAGAAGAAGCAAAACCUUGAAAGCUUCCAGUCCUGCACCUGCUCAUGGUAAUCAUUAA